UUUUGAUUACUUUUAUUAAUCGUAAAUACCAUAUAUACAUAUGUAAUUAUAUUUUUUUCCAUUUUGAAUUACAUUUUGUAUAAGGAAUUUAAACCAAUUGCUUUUUUGUCAGCAAAAUUUUUGGACAUCUGAAAUUGUUUAGAUUUCUCCGAUGUUUCUUCAAAAACAACUAAGUGCCAAAAAAUUUAUAAUUUUAUUGGUUCUCUGUGUGCUGGCAUUUCUACCAUUUCUACGAUUUAUAACUAGUUCGUCGAAUAUGGGACAUUGUAUAUUUUGUGAGAUUUCUGCUGGGAAACAACCCAAUACUGUGAUUGAAUUUGAAAACGCAGAUUUUGUCAUAUUUAAAGACAUAAAACCAUCAUCAACUUAUCAUUACUUGGCUGUUCCAAAGCGGCAUGUUGAGAGCUUGAAGGCGUUGACAAAAAAUGAUAUAGCAUUGGUGAACAGCAUGGAGCAUGGUCUGAAGUCAUUUUUUGAAAAAAAUAAUAUCAGCACAACGGAUGCUUUAUUUGGCUUUCACUUGCCGCCUUUCAUUACCGUAAAACAUCUGCAUAUGCAUGGCAUAGCUCCACGUUCCACCAUGUCCUUCGUUCAUAGAAUGAUGUUCAAAACAGGAUCUGCGUGGUUCAAAACGGUCGAAGACGCACGACAAUACUUACAGGAUAAAGUUUAAAAUGGUGCUACAUAGAUAAUACAUUUUAUAGAAACCAGUGAGAUAGAUUUACAAGCAAUAUACGAUAUUACGAGUACUGCAAGUAUAGUUGAAUAUUUUAUGGAGUCCAGCGGAAUAGGUUUAGGGUUUAAUUUGGCGGCUAUUGUAUGAUUUAUUUGAAAUAAUUAUUAGAAUUAUAAAUAAAUUUUUGAUUUAUAUUAUAUGA